AUGUCUGAAAUAAUUCCAAACAGACUUUACUUCAUAACAAUUAAAAAUAAGAUCCCUCGCGAUACAAAGGCAACCCAUUUCUUCUCGACGGACGAAGAUUCUGACACCGCUCAGUCGCUGACACUGGCCAAGAUUGCAAACUACCUCAAGCAGGUAAACUCCAAACUGUCCUCUCCUGAUCUCAACUCCAGAGCAAUCGUCCACUUCACAUCGGGCAGCGAGUUGAGACGACGCAACGCUGUGGUUUGUAUCGGAGCGUACUCAAUUAUCUACUUGGGAGCUACUCCAGCAGAAGCAGUUGAAAAAACUCGCUGGGCAUACCUCAUCCGGUCUCAAUAG